GAUGAAGGCACCACAACUGCCGUAGAAGGCCCUCCAAAACAUAGAAGAAAAACAGGAAAACUACGUGCCACAAUUGAGAGAGAAAUAGUGGAGAAACGAGUGAUCCGAAGGGUCGUUGAGGAUGCACCUGAAGAACCGAAACCUGAUGAAGGUACAACGACAGCUCAUGAGCCGACUCCAAGACCAGACGAGGGAACACGUACGGCAGCUGAACCAACCCCGAAACCUGAAAAUGAGAUGCAGGGAUCAAAGCUUGUCAAUCGUCUAUUGACGUUCUCAUUACAGGAUGAGGGCACGUUAACAGCAGCGGAGCCGACUCCCAAACCUGAUGAGGGUACUACAACAGCAGCUGAGCCGACUCCGAAACCUGACGAGGGCACGAAUACAGCAGCUGAGCCGACUCCAAAGCCUGACGAGGGUACGAAUACAGCAGCUGAGCCGACUCCUAAGCCUGAUGAGGGUACUUUGACAGCUGCUGAGCCGACUCCGAAACCUGACGAGGGUACGCUGACAGCUGCCGAACCGACUCCGAAACCU